CAUAGACUGGUUCACAUACUGAACACGCCUUUCAUGUGGGAGGAAACCUGUUAAGGGGAUGAGACUACAACAGAGAAGCCAUAUUCAUUGCCAGGAAACAUUUGCUUACUUGCUGACACUCUUCACCUGCUUGCAAUUUCAAGAGACAGAUUCGUCCUAUUGUUUGGUAGGACAGAGAAAGGUUUUGUGUCAUGGGAGCUAAUAAUAAUGUACAUUUGAUUUUUUUGUAUUGUGCUCUCAUGAAAAUGCAAGAGUUGACAUGGGAACACUUUUGAAACUUUUUUGGUGCCUUGUGGAAGAAGAAUAUCAGGAUAUGCAAGAGAGAGUCCGAGACAAGGGAAAUUCUUCUCCCUGAACAGAUUGAAUUGAUUGGACCACACAAUUUGGAGUCCAUGGCACGGUGCAGGUGUAAUGGAAGAGCAUUGUGCCUUUGUCUUCUUCCAUUUUUGAUGAUGAGUCAUAUUUUGGUGUACAUUAUGAUAACCAUAUUUGUCGCCAUGUCCUACACACCCGAGCCUCAGCCUCUGCCUCUUCGUUUCAUAGCCCCUGGAGUGUCAUCGAACUCUGGAGCUCUUGCAUCACAUCCUCUCAAUGCCUUCUGGAACUUGCGUUUGGUGGAGGGUGCUUUGUGGAACCGCCUUCAGCAUCUCAAAGACAGAGAAAACAAUCCCAUACUGAGAGGAAACACCACAGGGGGCAGGGAUCUGGGCACUCAAAGUACUAACAUACAUGGAAAGAAUGGUUCUCUUCCAUGUCACCCUGAGCAUCACUGGGCAUCUCAACUACCUGAUUUUAACACUUUGCCUGAGCAGAUGAAGGACUUUGUCUUGUCCAUGCAUUGUCGGAACUACACCCUCCUGAUGAACCAGCCUGACCUGUGCAAUGGACAAGAUACCAAGACAGAUGCCCCUAUGCUAUUUAUGGCAAUUAAGUCCCAGGUCGGAAACUUUGAGAACAGACAGGCCAUUAGGGAGACAUGGGGGAGGACUGGCUGGGUGCAGGAAGAUGCAGGGAGAGAAAGGUGGCAGGUUCGCACUGUCUUCCUGCUUGGAAGGCAGGACAUAACAACAGGUCCCCAUCCGGACCUUGAGGCGCUUUUACAGCUAGAGAGCAUCAUUCAUAAGGACAUACUGCAAUGGGAUUUCAGAGACACAUUCUUUAACCUCACCUUGAAGGAUGUGCUUUUCUGGGACUGGCUCUCCGUGCACUGCCCACAGGCCCACUUCAUCUUUAAAGGAGAUGAUGAUGUUUUUGUUAGGACCGGUGCUCUCUUAGACUACUUAAAUGAACAUCAUGCACCUUUACAAGGGAAAAUUAAGAAAGUAAAGGACAAUUUCCUUGUAGGAGAUGUGAUUUCUAAUGCUUGGCCCAGCCGCCAGCCCACAGCUAAAUACUACAUACCUGAGAGUUUUUAUAAAGGUGUGUACCCAACAUAUGCAGGUGGAGGAGGAGUGGUGUACUCUGCCGCUCUGGGCAUGCGGCUGCGAGCAGUCUCACACUGGGUCAGUUUGUUCCCCAUUGAUGAUGUGUACAUGGGGAUGUGUCUCCAGAGACUGGGUGUUUCCCCUAGUCAUCAUCCUGGUUUUUUGACCUUCGACCUACCUGAGGCCAAGAGAGAGCAGCCAUGUGCUUACCACAAAGUACUGCUGGUGCAUAAACGCAGCCCCAAAGAGAUGCUUACACUAUGGAAAGACCUAAAGGCUCCACUUGCGGAGUGCUAGUACAGAGACAGGAGGGUAAUGGAAAGACUUUCUCUGAUUUGUAUAUUGUAUACCACGAAUAAUAAGCCCUGUCUUUUUAAAAAACAAGACAGAUUUGAAUACCUUCAGGUAUUUUCAUAACAGUGGAGUGUAAUUAUUUGCAUAAUAAAUAGUUCACUCUGUGGUCUGUUUGAUUUGAUUAUGAAUGCUGGUUACUGAAGUCAUUAUGCAUGAAUAUUGUGUCAUGAUAGAAUGAACCAUUUUUUUUUUAUUUUUUUUUUUAUUGCAAUAUUAUGUUGUUUUCGUCUAUUGUAAUGGUAUGUUGUUUUCCUUAGGUUUCUAUGUAUGGUUCUCAAUUUGUCUCUUAUACUUUAUUAGGCAUAUAUAUGUACAUAUAUUUACAAAUCACAUCAUGUUAUUCCUGUAAAAGCUGUAGAUUUAUGCACAAAUUUUUCAUUUACAUAAAAAUUUAUUUGCAACACAUAUGCAGUUUUGCAUUUUCCAUGUGUAUAAAAGGUUCAAGUUUUAAUGAUACUGUUUGAUUUCUUCACGUUACAUAAAGUUCAAUUGCUCUGGGACAUGGUACGCUUCCCUGCAAACCAUUGAGUAAUGAACCAGAAAUCCUGAAACUGUAAUAUCAACAUGGUACAAUAUCGACCCACUACUGCCUUUUGUUAUGGUUUAUAUACUGUAUCAUAUACUGUAAAGACAUUUAUAGUAAGUUUUUAUAUAAUAACUAAAAGGUCUCAGAGUAAAGUAAUAUAUGUUUGAAUAAUUUUGUAAAAAUCCAAUUAACCAAAUCAGACUUUUUGCUCUAAGAAACAUCUGACAGUACAGACAAAAAGAAACCAUUAUAUUAAUUUAAAUCAGCUUAACAUUCUAAUUUUAAUUGGUAAGGUGUUCGUGCUGUGGGUUUUGGCAUAUUAUUAUUAUUAUUUAUAAAAAUAAAUAGGAUUUGCAUUUUAUGUUAUCAUAAAUUGAUAAUAAAUUAUGUAAAAUAUAUUUUUCUAUUAGAUUGAUUUUUGAAAAUCAUGAAGCACUUUGACCAUCCUGACCACUGGCUUAAUAAUCCUGAGUUUGUUUUUUUUUUGUUUUUUUAAUAAUUAAUUUUGUAACAUAGAUAACAUUAGAUCUAUGUUGUGUUGCUUGUGUUCAGUGAUGUGUUGUAAGACUUAUAUUUAGUCUAUACAGAGCAUCUUGAAAUAAAGUUUUAUU